ACCCGGAAGGCAUAGCCACGCGCAGCCCGGACAGCAAAAGGAAAGGCACCCCGGCCGCCGGAAGGAGCAGUGCGUUUCUUGGUCCCCGGACUGAAGCGCUGAAGUUGCGAACUGCCAUGGAGAGUUCUGAGCCUGACCCUACAGAUGACACUUCCAUGGACGCGUUCCUGGAAAAGUUCCAGAGCCAGCCUUACCGCGGCGGAUUCCGCGAGGACCAGUGGGAGGAGGAAUUUGAUAAGAUCCCCCUAUUUAUGAAAAAGGCGCCAUCAGAAAUUGACCCCAAGGAGUUUCCUGACUUGGCCUGCCUCCAGUCGAUUAUUUUUGAUGAUGAGCGGUCUCCGGAAGAGCAAGCCAAGACCUAUAAAGAUGAGGGCAACGACUACUUUAAAGAAAAAGACUAUAAGAAAGCCGUGGUUUCAUACAGUGAAGGGUUGAAGAAGAAGUGUAUAGACCCUGAUUUGAAUGCCGUCCUGUACACCAACCGGGCAGCAGCACAGUACCAUCUCGGUAAUUUUCGUUCUGCCCUCAAUGAUGUGCUGGCUGCCAAGAAGCUAAAGCCUGGUCACCUGAAAGCCAUCAUAAGAGGUGCCCUGUGCCAUCUUGAACUGAAACAUUUUGCUGAGGCUGUGAACUGGUGUGAUGAGGGACUGCAAAUUGAUGCCAAAGAGAAGAAACUUCUAGAAACAAGGGCAAAAGCAGACAAGCUAAAGAGGACAGAAGAGAGGGAUCUGAGGAAAGCAAAGGUGAAAGAAAAGAAGGAACAGAGUCAGAAUGAGGCUCUGCUCCAGGCCAUCAAGGCUAGGAACAUCCGGCUUGUCUCUGAAUCAGUCGGUGAGGAUGAAGAUUCAGCCUCCAAUGGUCCAGCUGAGAUGCUCCUGGAUGGGCUCAGCUCUGAGAACCCCUGUGGAGCCAGACUAAGUAUAGAUGGCCAGGGCAGGUUGAGCUGGCCUGUGCUGUUCCUGUACCCGGAGUAUGCGCAGUCCGACUUCAUCUCUGCUUUUCAUGAGGACUCCAGGUUUAUUGACCAUCUAAUGGCGAUGUUUAGUGAAGCACCCUCCUGGGACUCGGAGUACAAGUACCACCCGGAGAAUCUGGAGGUCUACUUUGAGGAUGAGGAAAAGGCGGAACUAUACCAGGUGUCUCCUGAUAGCACCCUGCUGCAGGUGCUGCAGCACCCCAGGUGCUCCGUGAAGGCCCUUACCCCAGCAUUCCUGGUCUGUGUAGGAUCCUCUCCUUUCUGUAAGAAUUAUCUCCAGGGGAAAAAGGUACACAGGUAACGUGGGAGCCAGACCCUGGGGUCUCUUCUCUCAGCUUCCUCUGCCUGGACUCUGCACACUUGAAUCAUCUGGCCUAGACUCCAGCACUCUAUCCUAGCACAGUGGUUCCCAGCCUCUAGUUGGGGAAGAAGCUGCUGGACUCCCUCAGCCCGUCUGGCUGAGUGCUGAGUUCCAGCUGGGCCUCACCUUCCUCAGCUUCACUGCCCUGGUCAGUACAUCUUUGCAGUCCAUCUCUGAAGAAAGCAUCCACUGCAGUUACCAGAAUAGCUGGCCUUGAGACUCCCUGGCCCAGAGACAUCUCAGGAUGCAGUGACGGUCUUAACCUUUGUGGCAUCUGCAUGUACAAAAGUCACAGCUCCAAGGCAGUAAACCAGCUGCACAAUACUCUAAAGCCUUAAGGCUUGAAAGACCGUUUUCAGUUUCUUCACCAGCAUGGAGGAGAGAAAGCUAAGGGAUGCCAUGGAUGCCAUGAGGUGACUGGAGCUGUGGAGCCACAUCCCGUUUCUGUGUUGACUGUAGAAACGGGGAUCCUCCGACUACUCAGAGCCCUACUGGAUUCUCAGACCAGUAGAGUUGCAGUGUGAGAACUGCAACAGGUCUGGCAGUAGCCUGAGUGCUUCCCCCAUUUCUCAGCUCGAGUUAUGCUCCUGCCUCCACAGAAGAAUGGGGAAUGAAGGUGUGCGCCACACUGCCUGGCUAGGAUUUCAUGCCUUUUGAUCUUGUCUUUGCCUGUCAUAGGCUGUUUUUGUCUUGAGCUGUUUUCUGUGUCCUAGAGAUUUUGUGUACUCUUACCUGCAGCCGAGUGGCUUCUGCAUUGCCCAUACCUUCUCCCAAGGGGAGCAUACUUCUCAGUGCCCAUGCUAGGGCUAUGAGGUAGGACUUGUACCACAUCUGACAGAAGCUGGAGGAGCCAGUGUGCAGUGGUCUGCAAGUAGGUUUGUGUUCUUUUCCCUUCAUUGUGAGGCCCCAUUUCUUAAAUAGGAGCAUUCCCUUCACCUGGGCAUCUGAGCAAAGCUCACAGCAGCUGGCCUGUAGCCACUGUUUGUAACCUGAGUGGCAGAUGUUUUUGUGGUAAACACUGAGAUUUGGAGGUUUGUUUGUCACUCUAGGAAAACUGACUAAAUACAUGAUUAAACUGAAACCAGCUGGUGGCCUUCAGAUAGGCCAAUUUG